AAAAAAUAGGGGAUUGCCCCUUUAAUCAAGUUUCUAUUUUUCACGUUGUGUUAAAUCGAAGUGUAGUUAGAUGUUCACUGCUUAAGUUGUUAAGGGAUGUCACGCACCGGUAAUCGGUUUAUAAUCGCUAACCUGAAGAAUACUGGGCUGUUUAUUUUUAUAAGACCCGUCUACAUAAAAAUUUAGCGAAUUCAGCGUUGAAAUCGAAAGCUUGUAAAGGAAGGUAGAAAUAUAGCAAAAUGGCUUCUGGAGGCCUAACGUGUGUGAAGUUUAUUACAUUUUUUUGUAAUUUACUUUUCGCUUUGACCGGCCUGCUCAUCCUUAUUGUGGGUGCUAUGGUGCAGUUGAACUAUGCGCAUUAUUCGAAUUUCGUCAGCGAUCACAUCUGGACUGUACCCAUAAUUUUAAUUAUUGUGGGCGCUACAAUAGCAUUCAUUUGCUUCCUCGGCUGCUGUGGCGCUUUGAAAGAGAACAGUUGCAUGAUUUUGUCGUUUGCCAUUUUGGCUGUUAUUAUAUUCCUCUUCGAAAUCGGAUUGGGCAUAGCUGGGUAUGUGAAACAUGCGGCACUGAGCGACAUAAUGGAGGGACAAUUCAAUGCUACCAUGAAGGAAUACAACGAACGCCAAGAAAAUCGGGAUGCCUGGUCGCUUUUGCAAAGUGAGAUGGAUUGUUGCGGCACUUUUGGGCCAAAGGAUUGGGAACAAGUAUUUCAUAAUACCUCCUUACCACCCGCAUGCUGCACUGUUAUCAAUCUAAAUGAAGCCCAGGACUGUACUGUGGUUCACGCCCACUCGGAAGGCUGUUUAAAUAAGCUACUUAAACUGCUCGACUCCAAAACGUUGACCUUAGCCGGUGUGGUACUAGGUGUAGCGGGUAUUCAGCUGCUGACAAUUCUUUUCGCUUGCUGUCUGUUUAGCUCGUUCAGACGCAGCUACCAAACGGUUUAAAAACUAAAAAAUUACUAGCGACGCGUAUAACUACACAACUAUUAAAUGGCGACAUAAACGAACACAAUAUAAAUUUUUUUCAUUUGCCCAUGAGCAGAUUAAGGUGUGUGAGCUAAAGGAUUAGCUUGGAAUUAACUAAGAAUCCUGAAAAUAUGGAAUAUUAUUUAAGGCGACUGUACACCAUCAUACAUUUCUUUUAUGCCGAAGAAGACAGCACUGCUAUGCAGAUUUGUCCCAGCCCUUUGUAGCACCCAUAUCACACCAAUGCAGAUGCGUUGUUGUGAAUUUUAUGCUCAACUCUGCUGAAGAGCGCAGAGCUAAUAAGAAUAAGAUGAUAUGAAUUUACACCAAUAAGCACAUUUUUAUACUAAUUGUAUAUUCAAAUACUAGCAAUAAUCAUAUAGUGGCAUUGAUCACCUGGUAGUUUAGCACCAAUAAAACCAUUUUGUACCAAC